GGGGGGGGGGGGUUGUACACUAUAAGAAAGUCCUGACUCCGCUCCUCUCUCCUCUCUCCUCUCUCCCGCUCCCUCUUGUGCUCAGAUGGAACCCGCAGUGAUAGCUCUCUUCGUGUGCAGGUCUCUGGUGUGUGUGUUGGGGAUCAUAGGGAAUGGUGCUCUGCUGGUGUCCGUGCUGAAGCAGUCCGGCUUCAAGACCUUUGAGAUCUUCCUGGCGGGCAUGGCUUCUUCCAACCUGGUGGAGAGCUUCCUGGUGGACAUGCCGGACCUCCUCACCGAGCUGGCUGGGCUGAGACCAGAGCGCUGGUUCUGCAAGGUUUUGAAGCUCAUGUCUGGCGUGGGGGAGACCGGCAGCAUCCUCUUCACCCUGCUCAUCUGCGUCUUCCGGUACCAGAAGCUGAGGGACGCGGCCACGCGGGUCAGCCUGCCCACCAUGCUGGACCGGGUCAGGAACGCCUGGCUCCUGAGCGCUGUCAGCUGGGUGGUGGCAUUCUCCUUCAGCCUGCCCUCCGCCCUCAUGGAGCUGCCCAAGGAGGAUCAGUUCGUCUCCUACGGCCAGGGGAACGAGACCGACUCCCGCGCAUGCUCCUCGGACCUCUUUGACUGCCCCCUGCUGGACUGCUCGCUCGGACGCCAGGUCUACAAGAUGGCCUACAUGCUCCUGCUCAACGGCCUGCCCCUUGUCAUCGUCCUGGUCUGCAGCUUCCUCAUGGUGAAGGUUCUGUACCACAACCACAAGGCCCUGUCAGACCAGCCCCCUGCCCCCGGCUCCGAGCCCCGGCCUGGGCGCCCCGGCAGGCAGGCUGCUUUCCAGAGGAGCACCCGGGCCGUGCUGGCAGCCCUCUUCAUCUUCCAGCUGGCCUGGAUCUUGCACCUGGUGUUCCAGUUUGCACUGGACUCCCAGGAGUUCCCCUACUGGUCCCACGCUGAUUUCUUCCUCUCUGCCUCCUACUCCACCGCCAGCCCCUACAUCUACGCCAUCGGAAACAACCUCUUCAGACUCAAGAGCUGCUUUUAACCUUCCUUUCUUUCUUUCUUUCCUUUUUUCUUCCUUUCUUCCUUUCUUUCCUUCUUCCUUUCCUUCUUCCUUUCUUUUUUCCUUUAGUUCUUUCUUUCUUUUUCCUGGCUGGAGUUUUCACACCAGGUUGGCUGGACAAUGUACCCAUUUUACUGUAGUACUGAUGUUUUUACUACAGCAUACCGCAAUAAAUGGUUAUAUUUAGUCCAGAAUAAUGCUGUAAACCAUAGUAACCAUAGCAAAUACUGUUUAAUUCUAUAAUACUGUUGGUACUAUCCCAGAAAUUUCUGUUUUAAUAAGUAGUGCAACCGGAACAAAAUGGUGUUGUUCAAUAACUAAUGAAUAAUAACUUUGAUUUUUGUUCUAAAUUGACACUGCAUUACCCCCUGACACAAGCACAUCACACGAGUGGCCAGGGUGCAGUGCACAUCUCAGACACUAGAGGCCGCCAAGGUCUACAGUCAACUCGGUUCUGCUAGAAUGCUGUUAUUCUAAGGCAGAGAGGCUGAAUUUGAAGAAUGCAUUAUCAAAACACGUCAUUCUUAACUGUAAGGGGUAUCAGUUCUAUAUAUUCUGCUGUCCUAACCCUUAUCAACCCGCCUGUGAUGAAUAUUAAUAACUCUAAUGCACUUUUUGAAAACAGGCCCUGCCACUUUAAAUCCUGCUGUAAAUGUCCUGGCAGUAGAGUUAGUAUGCGCGCCAGUUAGAGCGUGUGCAUUGAGCCUGUGUGUCAUACACGACGUGCUGGUCCUUGUCUGGGAUGUUACCUUGUGCUAGAUUGUUUCUAGGGAGUGUUUAUGUGCUUCAGUGUCUGUAUACUCUACUGACUGGCUGUCCAGUAACAGUAAGGAAAUAAAAUGAUUCGGAUUCAUUCAACUGGGGACUCUCUGCGUUACUGAGAGUGAAGACCAAGCCACCCACCCUCCCCUGUAUCUGUCUGGGGCUGUUAAUCAGAGGGUCAGGGCACAAGGCCGGGCGAUGAAGGCUUGCAGAACAUUUCGUGAAAGGUGAUCUUGGUGGAUAUAGGGUUGCGUAGCCAA